AUGGCAACAAUAGAAAAGUUAAUUAAAGCCUUUGAGGCUUUAAAGGUGUUCCAGUCAGCUCCUGGUGGAUUGGAAGAGAUAACAUCCUCAGCAAAGAAGAAAGACCAACCUCCCAGUAAGAAAGAUAAGAUGGUCAACUGUAAUGUUGUAGCUGAUUGUAUUUGUGCUGUUAAUAUGAGGUCUGUCCCUGAUUUCCCCAAGUUUCUAGGAAUAGCUGUAGAAGCAUUUUUAACAUUAUGUGAUGAUCCUGAAUCAGAUAUUAGAAUGGUAGCUGAUGAAUGUCUCAAUAGAACAAUUAAGACCUUAUUAGAAACUAAUUUAGGAAGAUUACAAGUUGAGUUAUAUAAAGAAAUAAAGAAGAAUGGCUCAUCACGUACUUUAAGAGGUGCUCUAUGGAGAUUUGCUGAUAUGUGUCAUUUAAUCAGACCAUUAAAAUGCAGACCAUAUAUUGUAAACCUGUUACCAUGUCUGACAAGAAUUAGUCAGAGAGAUGAAGAAGCCAUACAAGAUACCCUAGGAACAUCUAUGAGUAAAAUUUGUCCAGCAUUGAUGGGAUUUGCUAAUGAUGGUGAAGUGAAGAGUUUAUUGAAGACAUUCCUACCCAAUUUAAAAUCAACAGUAGCUGUUUGUAGAAGAACUACGGCCACUUCCUUAGUUUUAAUCUGUCAAUAUUCUAGAAACCCUCUAUCAUUCUUCAAUUAUCUUAUAUCAGUACUAUUAGAUAUGGUAUUACCAGUGGAUACAGAACAUGAUAUUUAUACACUAUUAGGUGUUAUCCUAUGUUUACGACAUGCUAUACCUAUUAUGAAUGAUUCUGAUGAGAAAGAUCAAGGUAUGAAAGGUAGUUUUGGUCUAAUACAGAAAGAUAAAGAAGAAGGAGUGAGUGCAAUGCAAGUUGAGAAGAUAUUUCAGCUGUUAUUAUUUUAUACAAGCCAUAAUGAUCAUAAUGUAGUUACAGCAUCAUUAGAGGCUUUACAACAACUAUUACGUCACCCACCAGAUAGUUUGAGAUCUAUUUUAUUAGUUAGAGGUAGUAUAACCAGAACACACAUAUUUCAACAAGAUUUUAUAGAUGAAAGAGAAAGGAUGAGAGUAGAAAGUUCAGCAGAAUUAACAUCAGAAGCAGACGAUCAAGGUUUGGAAGAAGAUGCAGAUGUUUCCAUGGCAACAGAUCAACCAAUCAAAUCUAAUACUGCCACAUUAGAUGACGAUAUUGAACAAGUAGAAGAACUUCAACUUGACUCUUCAAGUCAGGAGGUUAUAAAGGACAGUGAAGAAAAUGCCAAAAAGCUUGAUCCAUCUGUUCAUUUUACAACUGAUGACGAUUAUUCAAAUUUAGACAUUGGUGAUCUCAAUGAUGACAAGUCUGAAAAAACAACUUUGACACGUAGUGGUAGUCAAGAUACUUUACUUAGUGUUAAAAGUCUUAGUCCAAGACAUUCCGCUUCAGUACGAACUCUAGAAUUAGCACAAGAUUUAAAUGGAAAUCCAGAAUAUGUAGAAACAUCGGAACCACCAAGUCCUAUGCCGAUUUCAGAUUCUAACAAGAUUUUCCAGCAGUUAGCAGAUUUUGGAAAUAUAACAGACAAUGAGAUGCCAUUAGUGUAUUGUGUACGGUUAUUAUGUAGAAGGUUUUUACUGAGUGGAAAUAAACUGGAGUUGAUUUUAGAUAAGUUUGUUAGAGUCAGCUCAAAAUCUCUUGCAUUAGCUUGUAUUAGUUCAGCUAUUUUCAUGUGUCCUAAGAUAUUUCUGUUAAAACUACUACCAACUGAUUCAGGUGAUCAAGAUAUAAGGGAAGUAACUCUUUAUGCCUCACAUCCUGACCCUGUAUUAAAAGGUCAAACAGGGAUAGUGAUCAGUAGUUUUAUUAAAGCUGUAUUAAUAGAAGGAAGGGGUGAUUUUAACAAGUGGUUAAAAAUGAAUUCACCUGCAGACAUUGGUGAAAUCUGCAUUGAUAACCUAGUCAAUACUAUAAUACAUGUAAUAGAAGAUGAAUCAUCAGUAGCUACUAGACAAGGGUUAAUAGCAUUACAGUCUUGUCUAGCAAGUUUGCUAGAUAGCUGUCAUGGUGGCCUAGGUCUACAGGUUUUAUUAGAUAUUCUGGAAGUUAGAAAUAAUCCAUAUUGGUUAGUUAAGGUUGAAUUGUUAGAAGUUUUAAGUAGUAUUAAUUUUAAAGUUGUUAGUUAUUUAGAAAAUAUCUGUGAAGAAAUAGAAAUAGGCAAACAUCAUUAUUUAGGGAAAUUAGAAAUCCAGGAAUACUAUAUACAGAAUGUAGUUCUAUGUUUAUUAGCUGAUGAAGAUAUUAGAGUUAGACAUGCUGCAGCUAAUUCACUUGUUAGAUUGAUACCGAAUCUGUUUUAUCCUGUUGAUCAUCCUCAACAUGACCCAGUAACAGCUUGUGCUCAAGAUUUAACUAAUAGAGUCUUCACCUCUCUAUCACAUCAAUUAAUAGAAGAUUUACCUCCCUUGGUACAAGGCCUAGUUAAGCCUUAUCAUUAUUCACCUAAUAUAAAAGUUAACAGUACAGUGGAGAGUUGUUUAUCUCGAAUCAUACAACAGUUAUUACAUCAGAUACAUAUAUCACAAUCAAGACACUUAUUAAAUGGUUGUUGUCACGCUCUAUGUUUAUUAUGUGAAGAAUAUACUGUAACUUGUUAUUCAUCAUGUUGGGGUUGUGGUUCAGCAACUCAUAUAUCAACCAAAGAUCAGACACGUAGUGGUAGUAUGAAACGUCCACCUAGUCGCUCACUUAGUUCUUCCAGUACAUUUAGUUUAGAAGAGUUGUCGUCUGCUACAGGUAGUGGUCCAUUACCCAUGAUUCUUAGUAUAUUGAUGUCAUCACCUGUAGGAUUAGAUAUAUCAUCACAUCAAGAUGUCCUACAACUUACGGGUAAUUUGAUGGCAGGUUCAGCAUUUAAAUGUUUACGAUCCAGUGAAGAACUAGCUAGUUUAACUAGUACAGGUGAUGCUGGGAAAUGGGCAGCCAUAUCAGAUAUACAACUUGGUACAUUAAUAGAUCAGUUACUUGUACAUGUGGCCAGGUUGUUGAAUUGUUUUCUACAUGUAUUUGAAGAACAGAUACCAGGACCACCUCAAGUCAAACCAUCUCUUCCCUCCCUACCUAAUGCUCCAUCAUUAAGUCCUGUAAAACGUAAAGUUAAAGGUGGUGAUAAGGAAACAGCAUCACCUAGUGGUAAAGAUAAUAUUACAGAUAGUAAAACACCACAGAAAACUCCACAAAAAGAUACAAAAGAAGGAGAGAAAGAAAAGGGAAAGAAAGAAGGUUUAGGAACAUUCUAUAAUUUGCCACAAUACAUGAAAUUAUUUGAUGUUUUAAAAGGAGCUUAUUCUAACUAUAAGACAUCACUAGACCUGAGUAAUUGUGAUAAAUUUUGUAACUUGUUAAAAGUAACAUUAAGUGUCCUGUCUCAGAUAUUAGAGGUUACAACAUUAACCGAUAUCGGCAAAUAUGCUGAAGAAUUUCUCACCUAUUUUAGAUGUACAUUUAGUAUAGAGCCAACAUUUACAGUAUUAUGUGUUCAACAGUUAUUAAAAGCAUUAUUUGGUACCAAUAUUGGUAAUCAAUGGGAACCGGGAUCAGUUAGUAAUUAUACUAGUCAGAGAGUUAAACACUUAACUAGACAAGCUGGUAGUAAUUUUAAGCCUGGUUUAUAUCAGUGUUGUUUAAACCAACCUUAUACUACUCUUACUAAAUCAUUAGAUGGUACCUCUACUACAAAUACAGAUAAAACACAGUCAGAAUCAGAUACAAGUCAAAGUAAUCUGUUAUGGUUAAAGAAGAGGGUAGAAAGAAAAGUUCCUAGUAUUUUGAAACCUGGUAGUAAAGUAGAUAAGUCUGCUAUAGCCUCCUAUAUUAGACUAUUUGAACCUCUAGUUAUUAAAGCAUUAAAACAGUAUACCGUGACCAGUUCAUUAGAUCUCCAACAUCAAGUCUUAAAUUUACUAGCUCAACUAGUACAACUUCGUGUUAACUACUGUCUACUAGACUCAGAUCAAAUAUUUAUUGGUUUUGUUCUCAAACAGUUUGAAUAUAUUGAAGAAGGACAAAUAAGGGAAUCUGAGAUGUUAAUACCACAUAUCUUCAGAUUUCUAGUCAUGUUAAGUUAUGAAAGGUUCCCAGGUAAAGUUAUUAUAGAUAUGAAUGGUGUUAUACAUAGAUGUGAUGGUAUAAUGGCUAGUGGUUUACAACCAACAAAACAUGCUAUACCAGCACUCCGACCUAUAGUAUAUGAUUUAUUUUUAUUACGUGGUAAUAUGAAAUCAGAAGUAGGUAAAGAACAAGAUACACAGCGAGAAGUAGUUGUUUCUAUGUUAUUACGUCUUAUUAAUUAUCAUCAGGCAUUAGAAAUGUUUGUGAUAGUAUUACAACAAUGUCAUCGUGAAAGUGAAGAAAAAUGGAAAAAAUUAUCAAGACAGGUUAUGGAUCUUGUUUUACCAGCUUUAUCAAAACAACAGAUUAAUUUGGACUGUAGUAAAGCUUUAGAUGUUCUCCAUUUAUUAUUUGAAUGUGUUUCACCAAGUGUAUUUAGACCUGUAGAUAUCUUAUUAAAAACAUUACUAGCACCACCAACUGAUAUUAGCUGUGUUGAGGGACUACAAAGAUGGUUGUGUCUAGUUUUAGCUAUAUUACGUAUUAUUAUAUCACAAUCAAAAGAAGAAACUGUUUUAUCACGAUUAUUAGAGUUAAAUUUACCAUUGUGUUUAACACGAGAUUUAACCAAAACCAAUGCUGAUCCUGUAGCCUUAACUGAUAUUAAUCCUGAAGAAACUUGUGCCUGGUUUCUGUUACAAGCUGUAGGAUUAUGUAGUGAAAUAUUAAAUAGAGAAUCAGCUAUAGUAUCUACUAGUCAAACAUUUUGUGAUUUUACUGUAGAACAGAUGUCUCAUUUAUUACUCUAUAUAACUUACAUGUUUCAAUCAGGCUCAUACAGGAGAGUUGCUACAGCUGCUAUGAGGUUAAUAAAUCGUGAUAGACCAAGUUGUUUAUAUAGUGUUAAAGAAAUCAACAACUUUUUAUUAGGUGUCAGUACAAAAUGGCCAACACUAGCCCUACAUUGGAGUAAUAUAUUGAUAUUACUUAAUUAUGAUAAUCAAAAACUUUGGACCCAAAUUUUACAGACACCUCAAAAAUAUCAUAUAGUAACACCAGGGAGAUACAGUAGUGGAAAUCUAGAAUCAUCUAGAAGAUUAUUACAAUGUUGUAAUCUAGAAAUAUUAAGAAGAGGUGGUUUAAUAUUAUACUGUGAUUAUGUAGUAGAGAAUUUAAGUAAUGCUGAACAUAUGACCUGGUUAACAGUAAAUCAUGUUAGUGAUCUAAUAGAAUUAACGUCUGAAUCACCAGUUCAAGAUUUCAUUAGUGCAAUACAUCGUAACCCAGCAGCAAGUAGUAUGUUUGUACAAGCUAUAAAUUCUAGAUGUGAUCAUGUUACUAGACCAUCUCUUAUAAGAAAAACAUUGAAAUCAUUAGAAGCUAUACAUCUGAGUCAAAGUGGUUCACUAUUACAAUUAUUAAUAGACAAGUUUCUGAAUACACAUCAACUAUCUAUAGCUAGAAUGUGUGAUACUAUAGCUUGUAGAAGAGUAGAGAUGUUACUGAUAGAAUCAGAAGAGGAAAGUAAGAAACAGUUGCCACUUGAAGACCUAGAUAAACUCUUGCAAUUCAUGAAAACAAAUAAUUUGAUUAAACGACAUGCCCGGUUAGCGUCUUUGUUAUCUAAAUUUCGUACAUUAUUUAAUGCUGAAAAAGAAUUAAAUCUUUCACCAGAAAGAACUCAUCCUCUAGUAUUUACAUCAACUAAUAUUACAGAUAUUAAUAUUGAUAAGGAUUUUUAUUCUGAUGUGGUUAAGGAUCAAUGUUUUUCUAUAGAUCCUAAUGUGAGAGAAUGUGCCUUCUUACUACAGAGACUAGACUAUGCAGAUGUACUUGCUAUUACCAUGACAAAGGAGUUUUGUUUAGAGAUAUUAGAUGAAUGUAUAGCAUUAGGAGCCUAUAGAUCUAUAGUUAGAUAUAAUAGAGAUAAAGAAGCAUUACCAAUUAGUUUUAAACCUGAACCUACUAUAGAUGAACUGUUUCAAGCUGCCCAGCUAACUAUGUUUCGUCAUAUUAAUAAUAUUAUAAAUCAUCUACCUGUCCCCCACCAAUUAUUGAGCUAUAGUAGAAGACAGACGUCUAAAAACUUACGAUAUUACGAUCGCAUUGAAGAUUUAUUUACUGACUGUACAUGGUUUGAUAUGAAUUUUGAUCUGGCCACCUCACUGUGUCAGUAUUUAGUAUGUAUAAGAAGAUUUCCAUGGCCAGCUACUGUACCUCAAGAAGCUGUUUCUGAUAUCUGUAGAUUCUGUGUUCUAUGUUUAGAGAUGAUCAGUUGGCAACUGCACCAUAAUCAAAUGCCUACAUCAGAACAAUUACAGACAUGUUUAGAAUGUGUAGCAUUAGUAUUACAAAAUAAAGAUUUUACUAAUAUAAUAGGACAUAGUGAUAGUAGUACUUAUGUUAGUUCUAUAACAUCUGCUGUUUAUCAACUCUUAUCUUCUUUGGUUGUAUUACCUGGUGAAAAGGUAUAUUUAUUACCAAAUAAAGAUAGGCUAGAUGAACAGGAAGAUGAUGAAUCUUCACAUUUAAUAACAUCUUGUGAUCAGAUCUCAGAAUUACUACAAUGUCUCAAAACAAGAUUACGUCCAAAAUCAUCAGAAACACAGAAAUUACCUGAGUUCUUAUCUUCACCUAUCAGAAAUAUUGUUACAGGUCUUGCCAGAUUACCACUAGUCAAUUCGUAUGCCAGAGUUCCACCAUUAGUAUGGAAGUUAGGUUGGUCGCCCUCUCCUACUGGUAAUUUAAAAACACAUCUCCCUCCUGUACCAGUUGAUUAUUUACAAGAGAAAGAUGUAUUAGAGGAGUUUGUAUUUAGAAUCAAUACAUUAGGUUGGAUAAGUCGACAUCAGUUUGAAGAAACAUGGAUGAGUUUAUUAGGUGUAUUAAAUCCUGUUACAUUAACAGAUACACAUCAACUGUCAGCUGAGGAAGAAAUAGAAAGAACACAAGGAAUGGUAUUAGCUGUAAAAGCUAUAACAUCAUUAUUAUUACAGUCUACAUUGAUACCACAAGCUGGUAACCCUUCUAAUAGUGUGUAUGAAAUCCGUCCUCGAGAUAAACCCUUAGCUUUCUUACAUACCAGAUGUGGUAAAAAACUAGGUAUGAUAAGAAGUUUAAUAGAACAAGAAAUCUAUAGUUUAUGUUGUAAUAAAUCGGAUAGUCAAACACAUCAUACCCACAGUAAACCUACAAGACGUUUAGACUCAUAUUUCUGUGAAGAUUUAUUUGAAGAUAAUCUAGAGAGGAGGAUUGGUUCAGAAGAUUUUUCAUUAGGACAAAUAUCACUAGAAGGAAUUUGGUCUGUAGUUGGAAGUUUAGAAACAACUCAUUCUGAAAGUGAUACAACAGAUUCUACAGAGAGCCCACAGCACGAUCUAAAGAAACCACAUAUAGCAUUAUCUAAUAUGGAGAGUAAAGAUAGAUCUAUGUCUAUUAAUGGUCUAGAUAUUAAUUCCUGUUUACAAUUUAUAUCUGAAUUAUAUGGACCUUGGUUAUCAACAGAAUCUUCUAAUAAACCACCUCUCAUGUUAUUAAAUGCUGUAGUUAAAUCAAUGUUAAGUCUGUCUGAUUUAUUUAUGGAAAGAGAACAGUUUGAAAUGAUGUUAGAUACAUUUCUAGAUUUAUAUAAACAACACCCAUCAGAAGAUGAAAUAUUAUUACAAUAUCUAAUAGUGGGUAUCUGUAAAGCCUCAGCUGUCAUAGGUGUGGAUUCCUCUACAGCAGAAAGGUUGAUAAAAGUAAUAGACAGUGGACUGAAAUCAACCCAUCUACCCAGUAAAGUUUCAUCUCUUCAUGGUAUAUUAUAUAUACUAGAAACUAGUACUUCAGACCUUACUAAAACAUUACUACCCAUUAUAACUGAAUUCUUAACCAGACAUUUAUCAGCUGUAUCAAACUUUAUCAAAGUAAGUUUAUUAGGCAUUUAUCAGCUGUAUCAAAGUAAGUUUAUUAGACAUUUAUCAGCUGUAUCAAAGCUUUAUCAAAGUAAGCUUAUUAGACAUUUAUCAGCUGUAUCAAAUGCUUAUAUUACCAGUGAUCAGUUUUUAUUGACAAUGUGGGCUACAGCAUUUUAUAUACUAGAAAAUUAUCAUGAAGAUAUUAAAGAUGGUGAUUUUCCAUCAAGAAUAAUGCAGUUGGUAGUUAGUACAGCAUCUUAUAAUGAAGACAGUGUAUCAACUUCUGUAUUUCUAACAUUAAUGAAAGGUUUAGAAAGAUUAUUAUUAGCUGAUGUUUUAUCUAAAACUGAUAUUGAGAGUAUAGUGAAACUCAGUCUUGAUAGAUUAUGUUUACCAAGCCCACAAAGAGCUUUGGCAGCAUUAGGAUUAAUGUUUACUUGUAUGUAUUCAGGUAAAAGUGUUGAUCAGUAUAGUCCUAGACCAAGAGAUAUGGAGCCAUCAUUUACAGUAUCUUCAUUAGAUGUUAUUUAUCAAGAUCCUGAAUCAUUAAUAUUAGCUAUGGAAAGAGUUACAGUUCUUUUUGAUAGAAUACGUAAAGGUUAUCCAUAUGAAGCUAGAGUUAUUACUAGAUUACUUCCACCAUUCCUGUCUGAUUUCUUUCCUCCACAAGAUAUCAUGAAUAAAGUUAUUGGUGAAUUCUUAUCUAGUCAACAACCUUACCCCCAGCUUAUAGCUAGAGUAGUCUUUCAGGUAUUUAAUAAUCUCCAUGUACAGAAUGAGGUGAAUCUAGUUAGAGAUUGGGUUAUGUUAUCAUUAUCUAAUUUUACACAGAGAUCACCAAUAGCUAUGGCUAUCUGGAGUCUUACCAGUUUCUUUAUUAGUGCUUCAACUAAUUCAUGGCUCAAAGCUUUGUAUCCUUGUAAAUAUAAAUAA